CUGGGUUACUAACAAGUUCCACGCAGUUCGACGGAGGGGACACACGCUUGUUAUCGGUCCACCAUUAGUUGCUUUAUAAUUUACCUUCUAUCAAGGAGUGAAUGCGGAACGUGCCAGAGCUUGAGUGGCAAUUGUUGCAAUCAUCUCAUUGAGCAAAAACAAACCAAUUGGUAAAAUGCAGCCGCUAUGGCUGUCCGUGGUGUGCUGCGUUUCCAUUUUAGUGAUCCACUGUUAUGCAGCCGCAGUGCCAACUCAAGAUACGUUUGUAGUCGCUAAAGCUGAAGACUCAGAAACAGCAGACGUGACCACAGAGGAGCCAAAUGCACCAAUCAAGCUGACAAAAAUGCAGGUGAACUCCGAGGUGUCGUUGCGUUACGCGCACACCGCCAUCGUCACCCACGUCCGGAACCCCUCGCGAAGUUCUCAACAAGCUACGUUUCACGUACUGUUGCCGGAAACUGCAUUUAUAAGUGGUUUCGUUAUGACAUUAAACGGAAAAUCGUAUAAAGCCUAUGUAAAAGAGAAAGAAGAAGCUAAGAAAAUCUACAGUGAAGCUGUUUCUCAAGGAAUUGGUGCUGCUCAUAUAUCAGCUAAGGCCCGCGAUUCAAACCACUUCACAGUGUCGGUGAACGUGGAACCCAACACCGAGGCAGUGUUUAACCUGACUUACGAAGAGUUGCUGGUGCGGCGCAACGGAGUGUACAACCACGCCAUCAACCUACAUCCUGGCACGCUCGUGCCCAAGAUGGAGGUGACCGUGCACAUCAAGGAAUCCCAGAAGAUCUCACUACUGAGGGUGCCAGAAGUUAGGACCGGAAAUGAAAUUGACGCUACCGAGAAUGACGCUCAUAACUCGAAGGUUAUUAUACAAAAGAGCGACGAUGAAAAAGAGGCGACCAUAACUUUUACUCCUGAUCUUGAAGAACAAAAACGACUAAUGUCCGUUUAUGCGGAUAAGAUUAAAGAGUCAGCAACAUCAUCGCACAAUUGGUAUUCGAGACAAAAUGAUGACGAGAAAACGACUGGUGUCCUUGGACAGUUCGUAGUUCAGUACGAUGUGAUACGUCCUGAAAAGGGAGAGAUUUUGGUGAACGAUGGUUACUUCGUACAUUUCUUCGCACCGCAAGAGCUGACGCCACUGAGUAAACUCGUGGUGUUCGUGUUAGACACGUCUGGCUCCAUGAGCGGCCGUAAGAUAAAGCAGCUUCGUUCUGCCAUGCAUGCCAUUCUUGCCGAUCUGCGUACCACUGACUACUUCAGCAUCGUCGAGUUUAACAGCAAUGUCAAGGUGCACAAACUUUCGGAGGCCCUCGAGGAGCCGACGCGACCGCAUUACGAGUGGAGCGCCGUGGAGCAGCCCGUGACGCUGGUGCCGCCCGCGCUCGCUACGGCCGACAACGUUGCUAAGGCGCAAGUCAUUAUAUCCAGGCUUUCUGCUGGUGGCGGAACCAACAUACACAAAGCGCUCGACGUAGCUGUAGAUGUCAUUAAUAAAGCAUAUAAACCAAGUCAAACCGACCCCAGUACUGCGGUCAAUACGACAACUACAGACACUGAAGAAAGAAUUAAUGGUGAGUUGCAACCGAUUAUUAUCUUCUUAACUGACGGUGAUGCGACCAUGGGAGAGACCAACCCUAAACAUAUUCUGUCUUUUAUCACCGAGAAAAAUGCUGGCGAGAAGAAGGCUGCAAUUUAUUCCCUCGCUUUUGGCCAGGACGCGGAUCGCGACCUUCUUCGAAAGCUGUCGCUUCGAAACGAAGGCUUCAUGCGCCAGAUCUACGAGGCUGCUGACGCGGCACUGCAGCUGCGACACUUCUACCAACAAGUCUCGUCGCCGUUGCUGGCGCACGUAAACUUUGUGUACCCGUCCAACCAGGUUAAGGCAGUGACGCGACACGCGUUCGAUGCUAUGUUUGCGGGUGCAGAGACUGUAGUGGCGGGCAAGUUGGAGCCGGGCGUGCAGGAGCUGGAGCUACGCGUGACUGGAUUUUGUGCGGACGAUGACCACUACGGCAGGAAACGUUACGAGGUGAAGAAUAAGGUGAAGGUGAGUGAGAAGAAGGAGGAAUACCUUCCACUGGAGAGGCUAUGGGCGUACCUCAGCAUCAAGCAGCUGUUGGAUGAGAGAGACGCACAGGAGCAAGUCACCAUUAAAGACGAGAACAGCCCCGAAAAGCGUGCCUUGGCCAUUGCACUCAAGUACGAGUUUGUGACGCCGUUAACCUCACUUGUGGUGGUGAAACCUAAUGCUACCAAUGCCGUGGAUACGGAGUCCGCUGACAAACCCGCAUAUGCAUUGCCGCAACGACCCUUCCUUCAACCAAUCUUCGGCGCAGUUCCGCUCAGUUCAUCGUUUGCGUCUUCAUCUUUAGGCUUAAGUUCUGGUUAUUCAAGUCGUUUAGCUAACAGAGGCUUCGUGAGAUAUGUUAUUCCACAAUCUGCAUCUCAUGGCAUUGAUCUACCAGAUGGUUUUAUGGUCAGGAGAAGAGAUGAUUUUAUACCUAUGAAAAAUAGUUUCGACAUGUUUAACCCUCCAACUGCUGUGGCUCCAUUGUCUACCACUGCCCUCCCUGCCUCUACGACUGAAUCUCUGGAAGAGGCCUAUCACUUACAAGGCUACAGUUGGGCAUUGAACUUGAUUGACAGCAAUACAAAUUCACUCGAGUUUGUUUCAAAUGGAAAGAACGUUACGCUUGAACUUUCAAAGUCUAACGCCGUACCUAAGGCGAGCGACGGUGACAGCGAGUGCGCGCACAGCGCGGGCGUGGGAACCCCCGGGGAGGCCGGCGUGUGUGUGUAUCUCACGCGCUGCGCCGCCGCCAGAGACAUCAGCGUCGACGAGUUCCGCAACAAGUACUGCGUCGUCGAGAACAAAUACGCUGGAGUCUGCUGUCCGAGGAACAAAGUCGAUAUGACAACACCUUGACCUAAAAUAGCAUAACUUGAUAAAAAUGUUAUAUAUUAAACGAAUGUCAAAUGUUAAGUGCCAUUUUUAAGAUAACUAUUGUUAAAAGGUGCAUUUAGAAACGAGUUUUAUAUAAAAACAUAACAUAUAAGAUUAAAUAAAGUAACGUUACUA